GCACCCACAACCUCUGCACUAAUGGCUUUUGCCGCUCAUCUCCUCCCCCAUCUCCACCCCCACCUUUAUUUUCUUCACCUUCUCAACCAACCCGCCUGAAAAAUGGGUUACUUCUCCUGCAAUGCUGGGUCCGCCGCCGCUAUUUGCGACUCCUACAACAACUUACGAAAACCCAAACCCAACAAGCCCAUCUCGAUCAGGGAGUUCCCCUACGACGUCCUCGCCGCUGCCACCAAUGGGUUCUCCGCCGAGAGCUUCUUGGGCAAAGGCAGCCACGGCAGCGUAUAUAAGGCCAUUCUCGACAAAGGAAGCCUCAUCGCGGCGGUCAAGAAGACCAAGUACCCGAAGCAAACGACGUCGUUGGGGCGGCGCAACUGCACCACGUGCGUCGCGGCGGAGAACGAGAUAGAGAUUCUGUCUCGUGUCCGCCACCCCAGGCUCGUGAACCUCAUCGGGUUCUGCCCCGACGACUCCAAAAACGACGGGAAGCUCAUUGUCGUAGAGUACAUGCCCAACGGAACCUUGUACGACAUGUUGCACUCCCGGACCAGACCUCCCGGUUGGGUGCGGCGAGUGCGGCUUAGCCUACACGUGGCGAAGGCGGUUCAGGUGCUGCACUGUUCUAACCCGCCGGUGAUCCAUAGAGACAUAAAGUCGUCGAAUGUUUUGAUCGAUGGGAACUGGAACGCGAGGCUUGGGGACUUGGGUUUGGCUUUGAGAGGACACGUGGAGGACGUUCGCGUGAGGUGCACGCCACCGGCGGGGACGUUAGGGUAUCUCGACCCGGGGUAUCUUGCGCCGGGUGACCUCUCCGCCAAGAGUGACGUCUUCAGCUUCGGGAUUUUGCUCUUGGAGAUCGUCAGCGGAAGAAACGCCAUUGAUGUCAACUACAGCCCUCCGUCGGUCAUAGACUGGGCCCUACCGUUGAUAAAGCACGGUGACUACGCCGCCUUAUGCGACCGGAGAAUGGGCCCGCCGCCGGACCCUGCAGUGAUUCGCCAGCUCGCGGUGUUGGCUGCGAGGUGCGUGAGGUCGACGGCGGAGAAGCGACCCUCGAUGGCGGAGGUGGUUGAGUGUUUGAAGGCUGUGAAAGAGAGAGUUCACGCGCCGAUUUGGUACAGCUUGAAGCGGCGCGUGUGGGGCGUAGAGAGGGAGGAAAAGGAUGAUGAAGUGGAGGAGGUGGUAAGGAGUACGAGGGGGAGUAGGAGGAAGUUGAAUGGGAAGGUAUCGAGUGUGUUGGGCGUAGAGUACGAGGGUGAGGACGAGGCGAUGAUUGGUGGGAGGGUGUUGAGGUCAAGGUCGAUUGGGUCGGUUAAUGAGAUUAAAGCGGGAAGCGGCGGUGGGGUGCGGAUGGGGGCAGGGGUUGCGGUGAAGGUGAGGCUGAGCAAGUCGAGGUCGGUUGGGGGUGUAUUGGGUAGUCCGAGGAUUGUGCGGCGGAACAAGAGAGGGCUUUUGAUCGAGUCGAUUAGAUUGGACAUGUCGAAAUUGGUCAUUAGUGUGGACGGUGAGAGAUCUGAUAGGAAUUUGGGAGAAACCUCUGGUUUCUAUCUAACAUUGGGGAUUAUGGGAAUAUUUUCUUCCAUUGGUAUUGACCGUAUUGUGGUAUACCAGAUUUGAUGAUAUUCAUCAUCUUCAAUAUUUUGAUUGACAAAUGUAGAACUUGAAUCAAACUUGAUCUAAU